UCCGCCGCUCUGGGUCGUUUUCUUGGGGUACAUGGUUCCGAACAGCUUCCUAGCCGUCCGAAGAAUUUCCUUCGCUCCCCGUAAGCCACAGAAUUCCGAGACUCAUUCUGCUCGAGGGAGAGAAAUGUUUGUUCGCGAAGCAGGUCGACGGUAGAAGAGUGUUUUAAAUUUUAGCACAGAAGGAGUUGCCCGUGAUAUGCCAUAUGGAGAUUGCUGACAUCGAAGGGGAGUGAUCUCUCAAUCUGAAUGACUUCAUUGGCACCGUCAAGCGCUGGAGACUACGAUAAACUAACCCGGCCGUCGUAUCUCUGUGCUUAUCAGAGAGGGUUGUGCCUCACCUUGCACUGAGGAAUUAUUAUUGGAAAGUUGCUGCAAUAUCCUCUCUGGAAGACCGGGCGCUCGGAGCAAAUUUCGCUACUCCAGCGUUAUCCUACCGCGUGGCUGUACGGGACGGUUGACUGGUCCUGCAGUUACCCACAUUCCUGGGUAAGAAAAUCGCGUCGUGACUGACUGGAACCACUCACUCGGAAUUACAUCCAGCAAGUCAGAACCGAAGAAGGCAGUUGCGAGCCGGCCACAAAGGUGUGCUUCUAGUGUCCUUUGCCGCUGAGCGAGUCCGGGUGCAAUGGCUACCAAUCGGCGGCAGAAACGAAAACGUGAGUUGGAAAUCGAGCAUCGCUCCACGCCUAUCGCAGGUCGCUCCGGAGGAAUCAACGGCUACAGUAGUUCAAAUGGAUACGGCGGAUCCAGCGCCAGCUCGCCGUAUAGCGACCUAUCAUCGAGUCGGAAGCUCACGAAGCGCUUCUCUGCGUUCUCUCUGCAGCGACAUGCUCAGACAAACAUGACGGGAGAGGAGCAAAGAGAGUUGUCGUCGCUGCUCAAGCAGUACAAGAGGAAACAGCUCAGUCUCGAGCAGCUAGUCAACAGCUUAAAGAUCAUACUGGACACGCCAGCCAAGCGCCAAGCUAUACUCUCCAUCAGAAACGAGGUGCCGUCACGUGAAGUCUCGACAUUCGACAAGCUCGUCAUCACACAGCGACUCUGGCCGCCGAAUGCCGCCGCGUCCUCGUCGUCGUCCAGCCGUCCCGUCUCGCCCAGCACGGCGUUUGGCGAGCAGCCACGCCCGCGCUCGCACACCUCGUCCGCGCCCUCGUCCUCGCGCCCAGUCCACUCGCCCUCGCGCCAGGUGCACUCGCCCGCGUCCUGGUUCAGCCGCGAGGCGAACAGCUUCCGGCAGGAGAAAGUCAAGCCAAUCAAGAUAACAAUAUCACCGGAUGUAGAGGGUCUGCUGGGGUUCUCGGUCCGUGGAGGAUCAGAUCACGGCCUGGGAAUAUUCGUGUGCUCCGUGGACGAGGACAGUGAAGCGUACGAGAAGGGUAUCCGCGUCGGCCACGUGAUACGCAAGGCGAACGGCGUCAGUUUUGAGCGCAUCACGCAGGAGAAUGCUAUAGAGGUACUAACCGAUGGUAGCGUGAGAAAGAUUCGCCUGACCGUGUUGCCCCUAGCCACGGCUAACCCGGAUGGCAUGGUCGGCAGUCCCGGUGCAAACGGUUCAUCUAAACAUCCAGUACUCUACUACACCUGGGUGAACAAACACGGCCGAUCCACAUCACCUCCGCCAGAGUACAGGUCCGGUAUCGAUCUCUUGCAUCCCAAUGCAAGCCUGCCGCGAAGCAAUAUGAAGAAGCUGAACAUGGCAAAAGAAGACAGUCGCAGCUUGGGUAUCACUAUCCGCGGUGGGUCCGAACACGGUCUCGGUGUCUACGUGUCGCAGGUGCAGCGUAACAGCACUGCACAUUCACACGGUCUUCAGGUUGGUGACCAGAUCAUUGAUGUCAAUGGCGUGUCCUUUCUCAACAUCCUUCACAACGAGGCUGCAGAAAUGUUACGGGAGAAUGAGAUGCUUGUGAUGACGCUUCGUUCACUGGGCAAAGUACCGGAAAGGCCGAUCAUCCCGUUCGACAACAUCAGAAAGCAUAAGCGCAAGAGCCUGGCUUAUCUAGAUGAACAUGCUUCAGCCAUGCCAUCAUCAUCAGCACGCGAGCAACCAGUUGCUGUGCCGGAGAGGUUCCCCGCAGUGCCCAAGGCAAGACGGGGUCUUUUUGUGGCCAGCCAAGAGCCCGUGCUGAACAACCGAAAGCAGGGGAAAUCCGGAAUCAAGCAUAAAGAGUCAGCGGUAUUCAAGCAAGGCUUUGGCACACAGCUCAUGUUCAAGGGCUUCCAGCACGCCGUCCACCAGUCCUCGCGGGCCUCCAUCACGCAGCAGGCGAAGGCCGAGCUAUCUCGCGUGGAGCUGGAGACACUGAACUACUACCUGGACGAGUACGGGGAGCACAAGCUGACAGUGCGACAGCUGGUCAAUGCGCUCAUCAUACUGCUAGAUACCGUGGGCAAGAAACGUCUGUUGAACUCGAUACGAACAGUGGUGCAGCCAAAAGACAUCGAUGAGUUUGAGAAGCUAGUGGCACCGGUGGAGUACCAAGCUAUGAAGGACUCGCAUUUGGCAGGUGGGAGCAGCGAAGCACUUCAGAACGGCGGCGUCAUAGAUCACUAUCAAUUUGGCACUUCCACGUUUGGCCACACUAUCACCACUGCUGAUGAUGAUGAUAAUGGCACUGAGGAUGAUGACGCCCCCGGUCCGCUGAGAGAGGACGGUGAGGGCCGAGCGGCCAUGUACCAAACGGACGACUCCGACAGCAUCGACUGCAACCCGUCGCUCUCGCAUCAAAACAGCCAGAUGAUUGUUCCAAUGACCGCCUCUCAACAACUAGCCGUUGAAGACCAACUGCAUGCCAGACUGGGCUCACUACUAGCCGUCGAGAGCGAGCAGGCAAUGGGCGAGAGAAUGAGCAGAGGCGGCACACUGCAGUACAACGAACGGAUGGUCGUGAACGAAGUGGACGAAAUACUGGAGGGCAUAGAGCAAUUAGAAACCGAUUCGGACUCGGCCUCGAUUGCCGGGGAAUACGACGUCGCUGGUCGCACGGAGCCGAAGCACCCGAAUGAUGUCGGCAUAGCAACAGCAUCCAGCACUAUACACAUGGUUCAGAUGGCGCCGAAACGAGGGACUAUCCCUCAAGCCCCACCACUACCGCCUUCACUGUCACCAGUCAGUGCCGGCAAAGACUCGCCGUUAGUACACCCGGCCGUCCAAGCGCUCAAGCCUCCCUCCUCUGCUCGCCAGGCACAGGCGGAGAGCCCGUUUGUGGAGCGCCGUGACUCGCCGCGUAAGAUAGUGCAGAGCCAUCAGGGACAGGAAGGGGACAGAGCGGGUACACUGGACGGCGCUGCACUGGAUAUACCUCUGUUCACGUCCACGCCGCUGCACGGAGUCACUGACGCAGGCGAUGGCCUAGCUGAACCCUCUGACAUCAGUGUGGAUAUGGCUAGCAAUGACAGGAGUGAGGCUAGCGAGGCACACGACGCACUGGUGGACACUGUGCGACAGCGACGUCUCCGUAUUCAGCCGGAGAGCACAGGCAAUAUUCAGUCCCUUCUCGGAGAGACAGCAGCGGAUGAAACAGACGCAACGCUCGGCGAUGGUGGAACAGCAAGUGUUGCCAUUGACAACACGGACACGCGUACCGAAACGACAAUACUGCCGUCGGACGCCGGCUUCAGCGAGCCGGUGUCGACGAGCACGAGUUUUGAUCUCCCCGACGGUGUCAAUCUACAGACAACGUACGUGUAUAACGACACAAGCGAGAUAGGACCGGCUGAAAUACGCUACACGGACACCGAGUUUUAGCCGGGCAGCCCAUGAUUUGAGGCUGACAAUACCCAAUCUACAAACAACCCACUUUUAUAAGGAUACAAGCGAGGUAGGGCCGGCUGAAUUACGCUACACGGACACCGAGUUUUAGCGCAGCCCGUGAUUUGAGGCUGACAAUACGUUACUAGUAUCUCCAAGUGUUGUACCUUCAUGGUAUUGAUGGUGGGAUGGUCAUAGUGGUGAUGGACGGACACUGCUACCUUUUCACAAGAUUCUUUUCACACAGAUGUACUUCAAUAAUUCAGUAAUACUUUUCUUGAAUCGAUACGCUGGUCGCAUUCUAUAAAAUUUUAAUUAUUUCAUCCAGGCGAGUGCAUAUCCCUGAACCAUAGAUAGAGAACACAAUAUUUCCUUGUAAGAAUUUCAAGAUGUGUUCCUUGAUGAUAGUAAUAAUAUCUUGAGCAACAUUGUCAGGUAGUAUUUGAUUUUCUAAUGUAAUAUUUGCUGUAUGAGCCCAGAAGUAAAAUUCUGUACUCACGGAAGCACCAUGUACCGAAUUUUGUAUUAAUUUCCCGUUGAGAAAGCGUGCACUUGUCAAGCUGGAUAUUCCUGCUACUCCUGUGCCCAUCCUGUGCAGAAUAGGGUGGGUGCUCGA